AAAGCCUUCCCCUAUAUCAGUGUACUCAUAUGGCAUAAAAGAACACACACUGGAGAGAAGCCUUACAAAUGUAAUCAAUGUGGUAAAGCCUUUGCAAUAAGCAGUCAGCUCAUACGGCAUAAAAGAACACAUACUGGAGAGAAACCUUAUGAAUGUAACCAGUGUGGUAAAGACUUUGCAGAAAACAGUCAUCUCAUAAGCCAUAAAAGAACACACACUGGAGAGAAACCUUAUGAAUGUAACCAGUGUGGUAAAGCCUUUGCACAAAACAGUCAUCUCAUAAGCCGUAAAAGAACACACACUGGAGAGAAGCCUUACAAAUAUAAUCAAUGUGGUAAAGCCUUUGCAAAAAGCAGUCAUCUCAUGAGCCAUAAAAGAACACACACUGGAGAGAAACCUUAUGAAUGUAACCAGUGUGGUAAAGCCUUUGCACAAAACAGUCAUCUCAUAAGCCAUAAAAGAACACACACUGGAGAGAAACCUUUUGAAUGUAAUCAAUGUGGUAAAGCCUUUGCAAAAAGCAGUCAUCUCAUAAGACAUAAAACAAUACACACUGGAGAGAAACCUUAUGAAUGUAACCAGUGUGGUAAAGCCUUUGCACAAAACAGUCAUCUCAUAAGCCAUAAAAGAACACACACUGGAGAGAAACCUUAUGAAUGUAACCAGUGUGGUAAAGCCUUUGCACGAAACAGUCAUCUCAUAAGACAUAAAACAACACACACUGGAGAGAAACCUUAUGAAUGUAACCAGUGUGGUAAAUCCUUUGCACAAAACAGUACUCUCUUAAGCCAUAAAAGAACACACAGCAAAGAGAAACCUUAUGAAUGUAACCAGUGUGGUAAAACCUUUGCAGAAAACAGUAAUCUCAUAAGACAUAAAAGAACACAUACUGGAAAGAAACCUUACGAAUAUACCUAA